UGUCCCACCACCAGGCUUUCCCGCCCUGCCGCCACGCCCACCCAUCUCACGGGAUAACUCCCUCCACCCUUACACUCUCAGGAACCGGGAUCGGACCCAGUGGAAUGACCCAAGGGGCCGCUGACGACAAUCCCUUCCUUGGCCCCACUACUACGGGGCAGCUCACACUCUUUACUCCGUCUCGCCCUGACCAACCGGCCAUCCCUCCCCAACAAGCCUAUGCCACACCACUGCCUACACCGCCAAGUGCCUCCGACAUGGUAGUCGACCUCGACCCUACAGCCCAACCUCAGCUGAACAUGGUGAAUGCACAAGCCACCAACAGUCCUCCACCUACCCACGCGACAGUCCUCCAGCCCACCACUGUCCCCAACCAAGCACCGGCACCUCUUCCUCCCCAGACUUCCUCCCUAUCGAGGCAUCAGGACCCAGCGCAUGUUGAAUACGACAACCACAGCGCCAUCAUUGACCACCCGGCUCCCGUCACCCUCACCGCACCACCAAUGAGCACCGUGCCCGAGUCUCUCCGCGUUGUCCAUGACCCGGAGCUCGAGCGCCAACAGCCCGAAGGCCUGGGUACUGCUGACCUCGUUGCUGCCGUCCAGUCCCGCGCCGCGGUUGUUUGGAAGGAAUCGGGUGUAGAGCAUAUAAUACUCUAUCAUGCCAACCCCGCUUCCCCUCACUCAGGCUGUUGCGCAAGGGUAACAAAACAAAGCAGAAAAACCACUUAAA